GAAGCCGCCUUUUAAGACUUGAGUUUCUGAUACCCACCUUCCCAUACAGAGAUAACAGAAAACACCAUUCCAGCUGAACUUCAUCCCUCUUUCAUGGCGAAAAAACCAGUCAAAUUCACAGUGGUAGAUGCAUUCACUGAUUCAGCGUUCAAGGGAAACCCAGCUGCAGUUUGCUUGUUGGAGGAAGAGAGAGAUGAGGAUUGGUUGCAGGCCCUGGCUAUGGAGUUCAAUAUCUCUGAAACUUGUUACUUGAAUCGGAUCACUGAGCCAGAGGCUCUUGACUCGUCCACUACAAUUUUAACUCCUAGGUUUCGGCUCAGAUGGUUCACUCCCACUACCGAGGUGAAUCUCUGUGGCCAUGCUACCUUAGCAGCAGCACACUUUCUCUUCACUUCCAGGUUGGUGAAUGGGAAUUUAAUCGAGUUUAUCACACUGUCUGGAGUUUUAACUGCCAGAAAAGUCAUGCAAGGCAACAAAUCAGAUGCCUUGAAGUAUGAGAAUGGAGAAGCACAAGAACACUUCUCUGUCGAAUUAGAUUUCCCGAUUGUCCCAAUGGUCGAAUAUAACUCUGCUGAGGUUGCAUCAAUAUCCAAAGCCUUGAAUGGUGCUUCAGUGAUUGAUAUAAAGAAGACUGAGAAAGAUGACCUCUUUGUCGUGCUACCAUCUGGGAAGACUGUUGUGGAUAUAGAACCACAGUUUGAUGAUAUACAAAAACUUCCAGGGAGGGGGUUAAUUAUAACAGGGCUUGCUCCUCCAGAAUCUGAAUUUGACUUCUUCAAUCGCUUCUUCUGUCCCAAAUUGGGGAUCAAGGAGGAUCCUGUUUGUGGGAGUGCACAUUGUAGCUUAGCACCCUAUUGGAGCCAAAAGUUGGGGAAAUGUGAUUUACUUGCAUAUGCGGCAUCUCCUAGAAGUGGAAUAGUGGAUAUUCAUUUAGAUGAACAAAACCAGAGGGUGCUGUUGCGAGGAAAAGCCAUUAUAGUCAUGGAAGGUUGUGUCCUGGUUUAAAUUUAGAGCAAGUUUCAUCUUUUGACGUCCAACAGAAUUAAAAUAAAUUGUGGUUCUUGUGUGGAGGAGCCUUCAAUUAUAAUCAAGAUUUUUUUGAAUUAUAAACCUGGUAUUGUUGCUUGCUAUGGAGUAUGGACUUCCUUCUGUGAAUUUGCAUUUGGAAACCAUCCAACUGUGCUGCUAUUGUCUCCUUUUUCCAUUUGCCAGUAUGUCACAAAGUAUAAUGGGCCUUUAUUGAGGCUGAAAGCCUUUCUAGCAAACACUAAUUGGAGGAGAUUUUCUACAAGAAUGACCUGGAGCAAAUUAAAUGCUACUAUUUUGUGAAA